AUGUGGGUCAUGCGUCCCCCAACCCUCCUCCUGCUGCUGCUCUCCGGGGCCCCGGCCGUGACCGAGACCUGGGCGGGCUCCCACUCCCUGAGGUUUUUGCUCACCGUCACGUCCCGGCCCGGCCGCGGGGAGCCCCGGUACGUGGAAGUCGGCUACGUGGACGACACGCAGUUCGCGCGGUUCGACAGCGACUCUGUCAGUCUGAGGAUGGAGCCGCGGGCGCCGUGGGGGGGGCAGGAGGGGCCGGAGUACUGGGACCGGCUGACGCGGGACUCCAGGACGUGCACACAGACUCUCCGAGGGAAGCUGAACGAAGUGCGCGGCUACUACAACCAGAGCGAGGCAGGGUCUCACACCAUCCAGAGAAUGUACGGCUGCGACGUGGGGCCUGAUGGGCGCUUCCUGCGCGGGUACUUUCGUGAGGCCUACGACGGCGCGGAUUACAUCGCCCUGAACGAGGACCUGCGCUCCUGGACCGCGGCGGACACGACGGCGCAGAUCACCCGGCGCAAGUGGGAGGCGGCCGGUGCGGCGGAGCGGUGGCGAAACUACCUGGAGGGCACCUGCGUGGAGUGGCUCGGCAGGCACCUGGAGCACGGGAAGGAGACGCUGCAGCGCGCAGAACCCCCCAACACACACGUGACCCGCCACCCCAUCUCUGACCAUGUCACCCUGAGGUGUUGGGCCCUGGGCUUCUACCCUGCGGAGAUCACCCUGACCUGGCACCACGAUGGGGAGGACCUGACCCAGGACACAGAGCUUGUGGAGACCAGGCCUGCAGGAAAUGGGACCUUCCAGAAGUGGGCGGCUGUGAAGGUGCCUCCUGGACAGGAGCAGAGAUACACCUGCCAUGUGCAGCAUGAGGGGCUGCCCGAGCCCAUCACCUUGAGAUGGGAGCUGCCGCCUGAGCCCACCAUCCCCAUCAUGGGCACCAUUGCUGGCCUGGUUCUCUUUGUGGUCACUGGAGCUGUGGUGGUGGGAGCUUUGAUGUGGAGGAAGAAGCACUAA